UCGUGCGUGUGCGUGUGCGAGUCGCAUCUGGGUACUGAUCGAGGAGAUCGAGGUUGAUGGAUAGCGGCAACAACGAGAUGCCGGGGAAGAAGGCGAGGAAGCCGUACACCAUCACCAAGCCCCGGGAGCGGUGGAGCACCGAGGAGCACGGGCGGUUCCUCGACGCGCUGAUCAUGUUCGGCCGCGAUUGGAAGAAGAUCGAGGAACAUGUCGGCACCAAGACGACCUUACAGAUACGGAGCCAUGCUCAGAAGUACUUCCUCAAGGUUCAGAAGCUUGGGCUGCCGCCGCAGUACCCGAGGCGCCUGUUCGUCAUGCAGCAGCAGCAGCCGCAGAGCUCGCCGGCCGGGAGCAGCGCGGCCGCCAUGCUCGCGGCCGCCAUGCCAUUUCUGCACGGGCAACCUCAGUGCGGGCCGGUAGCCAUGCCGGGUGCAUCCAACGCUGUCGCUCACGGUUCCAUCGGUUGGAAUUGCGCUGGAGUUCUUCCUGCAGCCUGCAAUGAGAUGCAAGGCUUGGACUGGGCGGGCGUUUCAGGGACUGCAGCAUGGGUGAACAACGAUGCACAGAGCCAGAUUGCACCACCGGCAUCGUUUCCCGGUGACAGUUUAUUCAUGGCGGCAUCAAGCUUCAGCAAUACGAGCAUGGAAUGGGCUGGCAGCUCAAGCGAAGCGUCAGCAGACCGCGAUGUGCAGGAUGAACUCAUUGAGCUUCCAUUGUCGCCAGAUGAUUUGCAUUUUGCGCAAGUUUACAGGUUCGUCGGCGACAUAUUCGACCCAAACACACCAUGCCCAGUUGAAGUCCAUCUGCAGAAACUGAAGGACAUGAAUGAUAUCACCGUCAAGACGAUCUUGUUGGUGCUAAGAAACCUCGAGACCAACCUGUCAGCCCCUCAGUUUGAGCCUGUCGUAAGUAGAAUUCUCUGGUUCCUCUCUGUUCACCCUGCAUUUUCUGAAACUGAAAUUAGCUUGAACUGUGUGUCCUCAUUCCUUUCCGUUUGUUCUGAAUUUUUAACAGAGAAGAUUGCUGUCAACGUAUGAUCCGAGAAGAGAGCUGUUUGGCCAAUUGUAGACUGCACGUAUAGACUGAAAGCAGCAACUAACACACUGAUGGACGUUCAGGUGUUCCCUGAAUGGCUGAAACGAGUAUUGAAACCCAUAGAAAUAGUCAGACAUCCAGAUGCCUGGUUGUCUAGUUGACACAUAGUAAAUUCUAAUUAUUCUUUUGAUUAUCUGGAUAUAACUUAAUGAUUGUUUGUAAGGGCCUACCUGUAACAUGUAUAAGAUAGUCCAGUACUGUAUAAUUUCCAUGUUGGAUCAGGUUGUAACAUCCAUGAAAUUGGACGAUACAUGUUUUUUAAUUUAAACAAAACUAAUCCUAAA